AUGUCAUGGCUUUCGAUAUCAAUACUUCUACGUGUUCUACUAAGAUGUUUUUGUCGUGAUACAUGCUUAUUUAGUACAAUACCAACAGGUUUUGUAUAUGUAUCUGAUAUUAUACCAGAUAUCCAAAUAAGUUUACGCUAUGCAAGUAAUGAAAAUUUUAUGGGUCAUAUUGUGAAUGGUUAUUUAUCAAAUGUUUCAAUUAUAACUAGAGCAGCAGCUAUUGGUUUGAAACAAGCACAACUACUGGCAAAAGACAAUGGUUAUGAAUUAGUUAUUUAUGAUGGUUAUCGUCCACAGAAAAGUGUUAAUCAGUUUAUGAAUUGGACACAAAAUUUAAAUGAUUCUCAAAUUAAAAAGAACUUUUAUUAUCCACGUAUUAAUAAAGAAGAUGCAUUUAAACUUGGUUAUAUUGCUGAAAAAUCUGGUCAUACAAGAGGAAGUACAAUUGAUUUAACUUUAAUUUUAUUUGGUAGACAUGUACAAAGCCCAUUAAAACCCAUGGAAAGAAAUCUAACGGAUAAUUUCAAAAUUCUAUAUUUAAAUGAUGGUACAAUUGAUAUGGGUUCAUCGUUUGAUUUAUUUGAUGAAGCAUCACAUACAAAUAGUACACUUGUUAAUAGAACUUAUCAAGAAAAUCGCAUCAUACUUAAAAAUAUCAUGGAACAAGCUGGUUUUACUAACUAUGAUAAAGAAUGGUGGCAUUAUACGCUUAACAAUGAACCAUUUCCAAAUACGUAUUUUGAUUUUGAUAUUGACUCAUCGUAUUCUUGUGGAUAUCGAAAUGAAAUGUUUUUUUGGCAACUUUUCAUUGUAUUUAUACUAUUAGCUAAAUCACUUUAA